CUUCUGCCUUUUGCAUUUUGCAGUAGUUUCGCUUUCACAGUUGUGGAUAAGAAUAAGAAAGGCUACCCCCACUCAAGGCCAAGGUACAUACAGCUGAGAUCGGCAGCAUGAGUGUGAACGUUGACCCAGAUGCCAGUGGUGACCCUGAAAUAAAGGAGUUGAAGGAGACAGUUUAUGACCUAAUCAGCUGCAUCCGAGACCCCGAGAAGCCGGAAACACUGGAAGAGCUGAAUGUGAUAUCAGAAGAAGGGGUUCAAGCAAAGAGGCUGGAAAAUGGCCAGUUCCUGGUGAACAUUGAGUUUGUGCCCACAGUGCCUCACUGCAGCCUUGCGUCAAUAAUAGGGUUAACAAUGAGGUCAAAACUGGAUAAAUGUUUACCACAGAAGCUCAAGGUUGAUAUCUUCAUCAAAGAGGGGACUCAUGAUACUGCUGAUGAAAUCAACAAACAGAUAAAUGAUAAAGAGAGAAUCUCAGCUGCCAUGGAGAACCCCAAUCUGCAGACUCUGGUCAAAGAAUGCAUUGAGAAUGAGGAAAUGUAAAGUCACUAAGAAUGAGUGCUAUCUGGAGAUUUGUUUCUCUCAUAAAAGUAUCCGAAGGCAAUGCAGAGAAGAAAGGACAUUGAUGUUUUAAGACAUAUGGAGAAGAAAAGACAUCUCCAAGUCUUAGUCUGCCUGCAGUUGUCUUUUUAAAACCUGGAGAAAUCUUUGAAAUUAAUUUUUGUCUCGAUAUUCAUCAGUGCCAUGUGUCCUUAGAAUGAGGACUUGGUGUUUUUCAGAAUUUUCUGAAGUGGUUUGUUAUAAAAGAAAUAUAUUGCAUGAAUAGGCAAGUCUCUGUUUCUGUCUCCCUUAAUAUUUUCUCGGUACUUCACCGAAAGCAAUUAAUCAAGAUGCACAGGUAUCUGUGGUCAGAUCUGAGAGGUGAAAAGGAAUUUGCUGAGCAGUUCAAUGUUGUAAUUUCAUUUUUACUUGCUUUGGAGCCUUGAAUGACACUUGUUUGAUUUUAUGAAACAAUUUGUGAUGAAAGCAGGAGAAAUACUAUUACUGUUUAGUUGUUUUUUUUUGGUUU